AUCACAAAUUUUUCAUUGUCUAGGACCUGAACAAAGCAGACCUGUUGUCGUCAAACUCUGAUUGUCUCGUGCAGUGUAACGAGGAUCUGUGUAUGGAGAGACAUUGCUGUGCCAGUCGCUCUCCCAGCCUCGAGUCUGUCCACGUUGAUUCUCACUGUCACUCACACAAGCACAAGGGGCAGACAAAAGUGAAAAGUUCAAAAUGCAGUAAACACGGUGUCACUCAUGUUGGUGGCCUAGCACAAGUGUCUGAGUCCUGCAACCACCAACUGGGUCAUUUGGGAGAGACGCUGGGUCACGUAGAAGUGAUCAACAGCCCAAUAGUGGUUCAAAAGGGGGGAACUCACUCCCCACCAUUGGGUCACGUGGCAACCAUUGUUGGGCCAAAACUCGAACAAGAGGAGAAAACUUGCGGCCCAACACUAAGCAAACUGGAAGCCCCUAUCGGAGCUCAUCUUGUUCAAGGAAAGCCGGAACACGAUGACAAUCCUGUAGAGACUGAAACCAAAUGUGAAGCUCUAGUCAAAGACAACACGCCAAGUAUAGAAGAUGAUGUGAAUCUGCAGGAAAGGAUUUGUGAUGUUGCAGUCUCGCAGGAAAAUUAGUAAUAGUUUAAUCGCCAACUUUUGUGGUUGUGUUCACCAGAGUGUGUGUACUUUUACUUGACCCUCGCUCCUGCUUUGUUAGAUUAUAGUGAAAUCGGUUCUAUUUUGCAUUUAUGCACGACCUAGUAUUUACUUGAAAGGCUUGUGACAAAAUACCUCAGCGAGUGACAACUGAACGAGUUAGUUUUAGUGCUCGUAUUUCUUAAUUACUUACCCGCCGUUGCAAUCAUCAGUUUAGUACACAUCUUGUUUAUACAGUAACGAACUGAAUUCUUUUGUAUAGUAAAAUGACUUUUUACGCUAUCUAAGAACCAGAGCUAGAUCUAUGUUGAUAGAUUUCCAUAUUAAAAAAUACAUCAAAAUGCUGUCUUCCCGUAGAGAAAUGGAGGUUCUGGUAAUGAAAUUUAAAUUAGGAAAACAGGACCCUGUCACCAGUAGGGAGAUGAUAUAUUACCUUGUAGAAUGUUCUGUGAGACUUCCUCCCUGCUUCAUCUCUGAGAUAUUGCUAGACGUUUGCACACACAUGCCUCCAUACUAUAGUCUAGCAUUGAUAGUUAUAUUCAAAGAGCGAGCUACUGCAUUCAUCUUACCGUGAUAUUGGCUGGGUGCUGAUCCAUCCACCCUAGGGAGCUUGACUCUAUCUUGUUAGAAGGAAGGUUUUGUUUCUCGUUUUAGUACCUCCAAAAUAUGAAAACUAGGAUAUCUUCAACACUGAUCAAUACCAUGAAGAAUUCUUAUUUAUAGAACCACAGACCCAAUUUAAAAUCAAGAUUAAGUAACUAAAGUAACAUUGUGUAGUUUAUCACUUUGUAUAAACAUUAAAAUGUAAGAAUUAAAGAAUAAUUCAUAUACAUUCCAUUGCAUCAUAACCGAAGAUGGAACGCAUUCACAUCGUAUUACACAAAAAAUUCUAAACUAUGUGACCAUCCACAUCUCGCAUAACCUAAGAUGUGAUCGCAUACACAUCGUAUUACACAAAGAAUUCUAAACUAUGUGACCAUCCACAUCUCGCAUAACCUAAGAUGUGAUCGCAUACACAUCGUAUUACACAAAGAAUUCUAAACUAUGUGACCACCCAAAUCUCGCAUGAUCGAAGAUGUGAUCUCAUUCACAUCGUAUUACACAAAGAAUUCUAAACUAUGUGACCAUACACAUCUCGCAUAAUGGAAAAUGUGAUCUCAUUCACAUCGUAUUACACAAAGAAUCUAAACUAUGUGACCAUACACAUCUCGCAUAAUCGAAGACGUGAUCUCAUUCACAUCGCAUUACACAAAUAAUUCUAAACUAUGUGACCAUCCACAUCUCGCAUAAUCGAAAAUGUGAUCGCAUACACAUCGUAUUACACAAAGAAUUCUAAACUAUGUGACCAUCCAAAUCUCGCAUAACCUAAGAUGUGAUCGCAUACAUAUCGUAUUACACAAAGAAUUCUAAACUAUGUGACCACCCAAAUCUCGCAUGAUCGAAGAUGUGAUCUCAUUCACAUCGUAUUACACAAAGAAUUCUAAACUAUGUGAUCAUACACAAAUCGAAUAACCGAAGAUGUGAUCGCAUUCACAUCGUAUUACACAAAGAAUUUUAAAGUAUGUGAUCAUACACAAAUCGAAUAACCGCAGAUGUGAUCGCAUUCACAUCGUAUUACACAAAGAAUUCUAAACUGUACACACUGGACCUUACACAUCUCUCAUAACCAAAGAUGUAAAUAAAACCACUAUUUCAUUUUAAUCAGUAGUAUGUAUAUUAUAGUAACUGUUAUCGCUCAGGUGUUACGUAAAUGUGCUAAGUUUUAAUGUUCCACUUAAAAAAAAGAAAGAGGCUUUUGUCACUUUGAAGGAGAAGAUAGAACAGAACGGAAACUACUGUUGUAUAGCUUUAUUACAUUUUUGCCUUGAUUUAUUAAUAUGUUUGUGUUGAGUGUGAGAAUAAUAUGUAAAAUGUACAAGCCAGACAGGUAUCUCCUACUGUAACUUCUACCGAUAGAUUGUAUUCUUAGUGCAUAACUCUUUAUUGUAUACAGUUUUAUUAAUUUUUACUAAAUUGAUGUACAGGUAGUGUUUACUACUUGUAAUAUAUAUAUAUAUAUAUUUAUUUAUUUAUAAAUUUGAACCCAGAAAAGCAAUUUACUAUUAGACACUCUGUAGUAUUGUAAACCACCCAAAAGACUAUCUAGGAAGAGUAUUGUUAAAGACAUUUAAACCUUAGCGUGUGCUCAAAUGUUAUUUAUAAGGUAUUUUAUAGAUUGGGCAAGGAAAAUAUUUUUAUAGAACUUUUCUAAGGUACAAAGCAUUUAAAUGAUUCAUUGUAAAAGGUUGAGGAAAUAACUGCACUAGAGCUGUUCUACCUUUUCCAUUACAGGUAAAUCGCAGAAUAUCAUAUUGCAUAGAUAACCAUCAGAUCUUCUCCCUACUAUUUCUCUAUUAUACUCCCUUUCUUACAAUCUGUGUAUAUCUCUAACUUAUCGAUUACCUUAGCUUCUGGCAAAGUGCAGAAUAUAAUAUUGCAUAGAUAACCAUCAGAUCUUCUCCCUACUAUUUCUCUAUUAUACUCCCUUUCUUACAAUCCGUGUAUAUCAUCUUUAAAUUAUCGAUUACCUUAGCUUCUGGCAAAGUGCAGAAUAUAAUAUUGCAUAGAUAACCAUCAGACCUUCUCCCUACUAUUUCUCUAUCAUACUACCUUUCCUACAAUCUUUUUAUAACUCUAACUUAUCGAUUACCUUCGUUUUUGGCAAAUUGCUGAAUAUCAUAUUGCACAGAUAACCAUCAGAUAUUCUCCUUAUCAUCUCUCUAUUAUACUCCUUUUAUUACAAUCUGUGCAUAUCUCUAACAGUUAGUUAUCGAAGUUACUUACAACAAGUUGCUUAUCGAUUACCUUUCCUUCUGGCAAAUUGCAGAAUACUUUAUUGCAUAGAUAACCACCAGACGUUCUUCUUAUCAUCUCUCUGUUAUAUUCCAUUUCCUACAAUCUGCAUUUAUCUCUAACUUAUCGAUUACCUUCGCUUUUUGGCAUAUUGCAGAAUAUCACAUGGCAUAGAUAACCAUCAGACUCCUCUCUUACUAUUCUCUAUUGGAAAAUGCUAAAGCACCAGGGGUUAUAUAUAAUGGAUCUAGAUAAUAUAUUGCUCUGUUUUCCUCUCGAAGUGAAGAUGGAACAGCUAUAGUAUAGGACAAAAAUACAUUGAAUUACCAGAUUCCUGACCCAUAGCCAGUAAUUCGUGUUUAAUGAUGAUUCAUUUUCAUCAUUAUAGUAAAAUAUAAAUAAAUUGAAGUCCAUUAUAUAGUAAAAGUAUAUUGUAGAAACAGUAAGAAUCGAGACUUCAAUGUAGUUUUUUCUAGCCUUACAAAAUUAGGUCUUCCAACACUUAUUACUAAUGGUCUCAUUUUGUAUUUUUGUGCAGAAAUUAAUAUUUUCCUAAGAACUGUUUAACUGUGUUAUUAGCACUAUACGACCAGAGUAAGCUCUUGAUGAUUUUAUAGAAUUUAAUUGUUAUAAGUGACUGAACGUAGAAUAUUUAGUGUAGUAUAGUUUGAUUUUACAUGUUGUAAAUAAAGUGCAUUUAAAUUAUUGCAUAA